UGCAUUGUAUUUAAUUAGCGCUUACCUUACAGAAACACAACCCUUCGCCGUUUCUGGAAUUCCAAUUGCAUUGAGAUCAACGCAGAAAAGUCGGCCGCAUCACGCGCAGACGAUUUCAAUGUCUCUUUUACGCUCAGCGAGUGUGCCUGGAGGGCUGAGUAUCAACACAGGUGCAGCGAACCUAUUGUAAGCGUCUGAUCCAUUUAUUAUUGAGUUGAUUAAAUGGAGCUACUCAAGCUACUGUACCGAGCUACCUACCCAGGCAUCUCAUAUGUCGCGAUUCCACACGCGUUGAUUCAUCCGCUUUUAGCUCCGCACUAGGUACUUGAUCUCAAAAAAAAAAACACACACACCGCCCUGAAAGUGGGACUGUGUGAAAGGAUCUCGCCUCUGGAACGCGGACACCACCAACUGCUUUGUUUUAUCUUAUUAUUAUUAUUAUUUUUUCUUCCUGUUGUUUCUUUCUCUGGCGUCCCCAUCUUACUGACCCACGCAAACCCGUUUUCAGUGGAAGUGGCUCGAGUCAGCAACAACCUCCACCAGCCGGAGGCGCCAGCAGUAUUUUCGGAGCAUCGACAACCCAACAGCCUUCUUCUGCAGCACCGACAACAAUAGGUUUGUUUGGCGCCAAUAACGCGAACAACGCCACGACAGGCACGAGCCUCUUUGGACAGUCCACAAACACGCAGCAGCCUACAACAGCAGCGGGCGGCAGCAUGUUCGGCGCCACGGCAGCGGCCUCCCAGCCCGCGGCGGCUGGCGGCACGACGGGAGGUGGCUUGUUCGGAGCAGCGGGCAGCACGACGACGGGUGGAGGCCUGUUUGGUAAUGCGAAUGCGACAGCCAACAACGCACCCAAGCCUAGCCUGUUUGGUAACACAGCUGCCCAACAACCCCAGCAGACUACGACAGCGGGAGGGGGGCUCUUUGGAAACUCGACAGCUGCGCAACCUCAGCAGUCGACGACAGGUGGAGGACUCUUCGGAAACUCUGCAGCGGCUCAACCGCAACAACAAACUGCAGGCGGCGGACUCUUCGGCAACGCGACACAGCAAACUACGGGUUCAGGUGGUGGCGGGCUCUUUGGCAAUUCAACACAGCAAACGACAGCAAGCGGCGGCCUUUUCGGCGGUUCGACACAACAAAACACAGGUGCAGGUGGCGGUGGACUCUUUGGUAAUUCGACGCAGCAAACAACAACUGGUGGUGGUGGCCUUUUCGGCAACAGCUUAUCGCAGCCGCAACAACAAGCCCAACAACAGCAGAAGCCCUCACUCUUUGGCAACACUCUUCUUGGCCAAUCCCAGCAACCUCAGCAGCAGCAGCAGCAGCAGCAGCAACCCGGGGGCAUGUUUGGCCGCACCUUCAACAGCUCAACCGCCGCACCCCCCGGCCUGACUAUGGGUCAGUCCACAAACCAGUCGCAACAGGUCGUGCCAGGCGUUCGUAUAGAUUUGUCGAAUCUCAAGUCAACUACCCGAUUCAACGAUCUUGAGGAGACGAUACAGAAGGAGAUACAGAAGAUAGAUAAGGGUAUUCAAGCAGUCAUCAACCAGUGCAACGACGUUGAGGCCUUUAUGCCUGCUCACGGCGAGCAACUCGCCGCCAUCCCGAACGAUGUGCGCUUCGUCACGCGCAAGUACGAUGGUGCGGCCGAUACUUUGUCUGAGGACGCCCAGGCCGUCAAGGCGGUCCGAGAGCUGGUCCACGUGGACGCGGAACAGGCCAAGCUGAGUUUUAAGGCCGUCGACAAUCUCAAGCUGCCGGCGCAGUACCACACCGCAGGGCUCUGGCGGCAGCAACAGGAUGCAGUUGCCGCGGCGGCUGGAGAUGCGGGCGGCGCAGGGGCAGGCAGCGGGGACAGCAACGCGGACUUGAUAGCAUUCUUCUCGCAAACAGCAGACGAGAUGGACGAGCAGCUCCAAAAGUUCCAGCGGAACUUGAGCGAGAUCGAGAGCCACAUGAAUGCCGUUGGCGGAAACCUGGUGGACCAGCUGCAGCGUGCUGCGACAGCAAGGAAUAAUGGCACCAACGGUACCGGACCGGGUGGUCAGGAAGAUCAGGUUGCUGAGUUGGCUGAGGUCCUGCGCGGAUUCGAGUCGACCAUAUUGGGCGUUGCAUCCUCAGUAGGUUCGGCAAGGGAAGGAGUGACGUCCUUGCAACUUGGAGAGUUCUUGGGUAACGGGUCUAGAACAAGGCGAUAGGCGUCCUGAUGCAAAGCUGUUUUUUUGCAAAAGAGACUUAUAGUAUUGGUAAUGUACGAUGUUUGGGCAUGGACAUGAACUGCACGUUCGACUGAUGUAUAUAAUCCGUGACAUGAUGGUUUUUAUGGUGUUAAUCCAGGACCACAAC